CCUGCGCCCACAAGCCACAUGCAACUAACCAUGCACCUCGCCUGCAACCCAUGGACACAUACACAACAAAAUGCAGGUUGUACACGUGGGGCGCAAACAGUUAUGGGCAGUUGGGACAGGGAAACACCGAAGACCUGGCGGAUCCGCAACAUACUGAAUCGUCUCUUUUAAAGGGCGUGAUUUGCAUCACUGGUGGAGGUGGGCACUCAGCUCUCAUAACAGAUUCCGGUUCGCUGCUAGUUUGCGGACAGAACCACAAAGGACAGCUUGGCCUGGGUCACACCACGGGGGUGUUGACUUUUGUUCCCCUCUCUCUCUCAAGCCCUGUUCAGCAGGUGUGCUGCGGCUGGGAUUCCACCCUCUUUCUCACUGACAGUGGCCAGGUGCUGUCGUGCGGCUCCAAUGCGUUCGGCCAACUGGGAGUGUCUCUGCAGGUGCCCUAUUCUGCGGAGCCUCUGCCAGUCCAGUCUCUGCACGAGCCUGUCAUCAGUAUAGCAGCUGGACUCAGACAUGCCCUGGCUGUGACAUGCAGUGGUGGUGUGUAUCAGUGGGGUAAAGGGAUGCACAGUCAGGCCAAACGAUGUAGACAUGACACUGUGUUACCGUCUUACCUGUCUUCUAAAGAGCCUUGUAAAGUUCCAGGUCUGGAUCUUGUGACCUCUGUAAAAGUAGCUGCAGGCUCCACCCAUUCUGCAUGUCUCACAGCAGGGGGAGAUGUCUUCCUGUGGGGCAGUAAUAAGUACGGACAGCUGGGACAUGCUGACUCAUUUCUGCCCCUUCCUGUGGCCUUAGACCGCUCACUGUUCAAUGGAGAGAGUGUUAUUCACAUACACAGUGGCUGGACACAUCUCAUAGCCUCAACUGAGAGUGGCCGUGUCUUCACCUGGGGAAGAGCCUGUUAUGGGCAGCUUGGCAGACCGGUGCCAGCCAAUGAGGGCACAGACCUGGGCCAAGAUGCAGCUCAGACAGGAAGCUCACUUAGGCCACACAGUGUUCCCACAGAGAUCUCUCAUCUCGCUGGAGCAUCACAGAUUGCCUGUGGAUCUGAACACAAUCUGGCUAUUAAAGGGGAUUGUCUGUUCUCCUGGGGAUGGAACGAGCAUGGAAUGUGUGGAGACGGAUCCCUUUGUGACGUCAUGCGCCCGCAGCCAAUCCCUGCGCUCCGAGCCGCCAGGCCCGUGCUGAUUGGCUGUGGAGCAGGACACUCCAUGGCUCUGUGCUGUUUGAAGGACAGGGAGGUGGAGGACUGUGCUACUGCUUCUGCUGCUCAAGCUGAAGGUGAAAGCGUUUAAGGCACUCGCCUGCCCUUGCUGCUAACGCACAAAUGGUCACAUGAGAAUGUGUGACUUAACCCCCCCCCCCCCCCCCCCCCCACACACACACACACACACACACUACAAGGACAAAGCCCUUCAUGACUACAUUUCAAUAUGAGUAAACAUAGAGAGAAUGAGAUACCUUUAAUUUGUUAUACUCAUGAGAUUUACAAUGUUUACUCUAAGCAAUAUUUUUAGUAGAGUGUUUAUACACUGUGUGGCUUUGCUGCGGAGUCCCAGUGGAGAGGUGUAAAUGGAGAGGGAGUGUAUUUACUGCUCUCUGGCACUGGUGCUUUUUCAGCCCGUGCACAUUAGAUCAUUACAGCAUCGUACAUGCCCCUGCUGUGGGACGUACUCCAUCAUGGUAUAGGUUUAUGGCUCUCAACAUGAUUGACCCCCAUUGGGGCUGUCUCGCUGAGGGGACUGAUGUCUAGACUCUUGACUCCUGACUAUAGGAUAAGCCCUGGCAUUAUGAUCAUAUCACUCGACUGAAUGGAACGUAAAUUCAGGUGUCAUGUUAAACCCUUUGUCAGUGUCUGCCUAGUACCAUUAAUAAAAGAAAUGGCUUUGGUUUAUCAUUUUGUGCCACUGUUAAAAUGUAUGUACAGUAUCAGGAUACCAAUGAAUAUGCAUGUGACUGGAACGGAGGAAGGAUUACACAGACACUGUGGUCCUCCAGGCUUUACCACGUGUCUGAGCUCACCAUCCUGGCUCUGCUCGAAGGCCUGCUGUGAUUUGAGACCCUUUUUCCACAUGGCUAAAUACCUUACGCUACACAAAAGCUGUGUUGGUGUGUGUCUGGCAUGCCUUGUUUUGGAUGGGUCACUGUGGGAGUUUGAUGCGGCGCUCCAGGCAGAAGUACUCGGGUGUAAAUUGCUGCCAGGGCAGGACGGGGCAGGCCCCCUUGUGUGUGCUGGGGGACAGGACAGGACAGGACAGGACAGUAGGCCAGCCGUGAAAUAUACCACCCUGGUUCUGACACAGCGUGACUUACUGAUCUGGCCCACCGCCAUUACUCACACAGCCUUCGCAUCUCUGCUGAGGACGGCAUCACUCUAAGGAGGCCAUCUCUCUCUCUCUCUCUCUCCAUUGGGGGGGAUUCCCUGAUCACUGACCACAUUGCCCUGUCAUAUCACUUUAGAUCACGUCACAUCCUCACACAAGUGAGACAGACUUGAGGCACUGAGAGCCCUUGAAACCCAUGUGACAGUGGCUAUGCUAGUUCAGUGGCCAUGCUAGUUCAGUGGCCAUGCUAGUUCUUAAAGUCUCUUUCACGCUACUGUAAAAUGAGUUGACUUAAUAAAAAUUGUCUUGAAAAGUGA